AUGUCACUGCCCGAGGAAGCAGCAGCAAAGUUCAGGGAUGGAUUCAACCAUGCAAGAAAGUUUGUGAAUCGACCCAAACUUCCUCCGGGAUACGAAUGGAACAACAAACUUAUUCAUAGAUACUUUCCACCCGGUUACUAUCAACGUAACUAUUACGACGAUCCAACCCACGUUUCGGGGCCGGCUGGCCAAGGCAGCUCCUAUCCAAGGUUAAUUGAUCCAAGAAUCGCUGUGUUUUGUCACCGCGGGCUCUACGACCGUGCAUUGAAAAUCCCGGAAAAUUCGAUUUUGGCCAUCCGAAAUGGACAGGACAAUAACAGACUUAAUUGUCACGAGCUCGAUGCUCGCAUCUGCGCCGACGGAUCCGCACACAAGUCGUUCUUGGCGCACGAUGAAGUUGCCGGUCGCAUCACCUCCAAGAAGAGAAGGUGGGCUUCGCUAAGUCUCAAAGAGAUCGUUGAAACAACCCUUGUAGCCAGGCGAUUCAAUUUCCAGACGGAAGAUCUCGCGAGCUCGUAUGAGAAUACUGGCGAGAAGGUGCCGGGGUUGGAAGCAUUCUUGGAACAGGUUCGAUCAACGCCUACUGGGGUAGGUCUCACUUUGCAACUUGAUCUAAGGGGCAACGACUUUCCCAGGGCAAUCGAGUGGUUCUCUCGCCGAAUGAUAUUUCCGUCAGUACUGAUGUUGAAGGGCUACAACCUCUUCUUCAGCAGUGGCGAUGACCUGUUGAAGGAAGUCCAAAAGAUCCGCCGGAGCGGAGUGAACAACAAAGCAAGCCAACACAAGGAGUACCCUGGGCCGGUCGAUACGGACGACAGCAAAUCUUUUAACUGGGAUCAACUCACAAAAUACCGGGUGCGCAUUAUUGCGGUGUUCUACUCGCAGCCAAUUAUGAAGCUUGCUCUUAAAAGGUUUUCGCGGGAGGACCCUGGACGCCUGUCCUACGAUCAACUGCUUGAAAAAGCUCGACAUCUGUCUUACGAUCAACUGCUUGUAACAGCUAGGGACCAUAUCCAGUCGUUCGACAAGCUCAUGCAGCCUGGUGUCUGUCAGUUCAUACCCGAAAUUGUAACCAGCGGCCUUGGAUUGGGUUACAGCGUGAGGAAUGAUAGGGCAAAGAAUCCCCUUGAUGGAUCGCCCAUCAAGGACCCGGAUGUCAUCCUUGAGAGCCGCCUAGAUCGAGCAAUGAUACAAGUCGCCUUGGAGCUGAAGGAAAAAUACCCGAAGAUGAUUUUCUCAGGGUGCGUCCGUCUGUGUGAAGUUCGGACAUCUGGGCCAAACGGCAAGGAACUGGUCGCGGAUAUGAGGACAGGGCGCCUGAAGACAAGACCGGGUGGCGAGAAGGGGAUCUCGACAAAACUGCGCACUAUUCACGGGGGACUGUACCCACAGUCCCACAUUGUCGUCGCCGAUGACCCUUUUGCGGAGAUCGCAGCUCGCGUAUGGGUCGACGAGUACGCGAAGCUGGACCGGAGGCAGCUACUUACCAUCGCGGAUUCGGAUCUCACGUAUAAUGAUUGGCUCAGGAAGGCUGGGCCAAAAGUUGAAGAGGCUGUCAAUGACCUAAAUGGUCCUUUUCUGCCGAAUACUUAUGACGGACCUGUUGAUGAUAAUUGGAACAUCAAGAUAAAACGCAGGAAUCCGUUUAGCUUGUGGGCAAAAGGCAUGAUGGCAAACAUGUCCAAGUUCUGUUGCUUCUGGAGGCUCCACAUCAGGCCCAUAGUCCGGUCCGGCCUUCAAGUUGAGACGGUGAGUUUCGAGCAACAACAGAACAACACCAGGCAGGAACGGUAA